GUAGCCGGUGACCAACGAUUGGUUCAUACGCUAUUUUUCCCUCAGAAUACUGGAACCGAUGAGAGUUAUAAACUAUUAUGAGGAAUUAAAAUUAUAAUUAAGAUUUGGAUUUAAGGUUUUCAUCAUGAAUGAAAAUCAACUGAAAUGUCAAAACUCAAUCUAACCAAAAUGAAUGAAUGAAUUUCGCGCGGCAAAAUUCAUGACCUUCUAACUUAAAUCUGAUUGGCUCAUUUAUAAAUUAUAGUCUCGCCAAUUUAUUUAACUACAUUUUGAUUAGUUGAUGGUAUAAGACAAAUUAGUGAUUGUAACUUUGGAACAAAAAUUAUAAUUUACAUUGAUGUACGUAAAACGGUAAUGAUUUUCAAGAAGAAAAAAAAACAAAAAAAAUAGGAAAGAAAAUUCAGGGAAAUUUAUACAUUUCUAAUAAACAAUGUAAUAUUUAAACAAUAAUCUAUGCAUAGCAACAGAUUUAACACAAUUAAGGGAGGUGUUUAAUACAUGGAAUUUAAAGGAAAAAAGAAAUGAAUUUUAUUCAUAAUAAUAAUAAUAAUAAUGAGUACAAUGUAUUGCGAUCCUCAUGUACAACUGCUAGUAAUGAAGAUAAUGAUGGGAUUUAUUCAGAUGAAACAGAGAGUAUGAUUAAUCAUGCAAGAAGUUCACCAAUGAAUGAUAGUAUAGAUACAAUUGCAAAUACAAUUAGGAUAACACCACCACCAACACCAUCAACAGCAAUAACACCAACAACAACACCACCGUUGACAUCAAAAAGUAACACUGAUGAUGAUGAUGAUCAUAGUGAACGAAAUGUUAAUCAUAAUAAUGAUACUAAUUCACAUACAACUAUUGAUGAAGAUUUAAUGACUAGUUAUGAAGCUUCAAUUGAUAUAGAAUAUAACAAUAAUCAUUAUGAGUUACAUAAUGAAUUAAUGCAUAAAUCAUUUCCAAUCAAUUCACUUAAUUCAAUGAAAAAACCAGAGAAACAAGUAACAUUUCAAGAUAUUGUUGAAAUUUCAACAAUUUAUUCUAUUACAAAUGAAUCACAAGAGUCCAUUUCACAUCAUUAUGAAGAUGGUGAUGAUGAUGAUGAUGAUGAUGAUGAUGAUGAUGAUGAUGAUGAAGAAGAUGAUUACAAUGACGAUGAUGAUGAUGAUGAUGAUGAUGAGGAAGAAAUGAAAAUGACGAAACAGAAUAGUGUAAAUAAAAAACUAAAAAAUCGAUUGAAAAAUGUAAUCAAAUCCAAUGAUCAUAAUGUUGGAUUAGUCAUAGCAACAAUAGAACAAAAUAACAAAAAUAAUUCAGAUAAUAAUAAUAAUAAUCAGAUUCUUUCAGAAAAAGAUUUAUUAAGUUUAUAUACAGAUUGGGCCAAUCAUUAUUUGGAAAAGGCAAAUUAUUCAAAUUUAAUAAAAAAUAUACAGAAAGAUUUAUCUAAUGGACUAUUGUUAGCUGAUAUUAUACAUGCAGUAGCUAAUAUCAAAGUUCAACGUUUAUGUCGAAAUCCGAAAACAUCCGCUCAAUCACUUCAUAAUGUAUUGGCUUGUUUUCAAGUGCUCCAGUUACUUGGCAUUGAAACAAAUGGGUUUACUCCUCAAGACAUUGUGGAUAGUAAAUUAAAAUAUAUACUUGGUCUAUUUUUUAAUUUAUCUAAAUUUAAACAAAAAACAAAAAAAUUACAACAAUCUCAAGUAAAUACAAUUACAUCUUCAUCCAUAAUACACUCAUCAGUCUUAACAACAACAACAACAACAACAACAACACCAUCAACAACAACAAUACCAACUAAAGCAACAAUUACAUCAAUUCAUUAUCCAUCAAUGAUUAAAUUACAAAAAAAUCAUAUUUCUAAUGAAAAUGAUACACAUCAUCAUCACCACCACCACCACCAACAACAACAACAACAUCAUGAUCAUCAUCAGGAUUCAUUAAUUGUUCAAUCAACACCACCUAGACCACCACCACAACCGCCGCCACGUACUGUCACUAAUAAUAAUAAUACUACUACUACUCAUAGUAGUCUAUCAAAACAAACAGAUCUAUACAACAAAUUAGACAGUCCAAACAACAUCAGUAACAACAACAACAACAAUCUAAACAAUGGGAAUCAUCAUCAUCAUCGUCAUUAUCAAUCUGGAAAUAAACAAGAAAAUCUUUUAAUCGGACAAUUAAAAUAUCCAAUUAAGAAUUUGAAUGAAACAUUGUCCAAUCCAUAUUCUAAUCCUUUAAUAUUGAACAAAAAUAAUGAGAAUAAUGAGAAUAAUCAUAAUGCCAAUAUGAUUGGUAUUAAUGCAUCAUUAAAUUUUACUAAACCAAAUGUUACAUCAUUACGUUUUCCUUCAUCUAUUUCAAUAACUACAUCAUCAUUCAAUGGUUCGUUAUCAUUUUCAUCAAGUUCAAUUUCUAGUACAAAACCAUUAUCACCACAAUAUCAAAUUAGUAGUAUUCGUCAAUCUAUACCAAGAGCAAAUAAUUUAGUGGAUAUAAAAGUAAAACCUCAAAAAUUAAAUCAAUCUCAUAAAAAGUCAUAUGAUUAUCAAAAUAUUAAUCAUUAUACAGUGAAUAGUGAUAUCAGUAAUCCGUGUAAUAAUAAUAAUAAUAAUAAUUCAUCUGGAACCCGAAGUAAUAAAUUACAACAGAAAACACUUACUACUCCAAUAUCAUCAUUAUCAUCGACAAGAAUAACAACAACAACAACAACAACAACGUCAAUAACAGCAGUGACAGCAACCUCACCUAUAACCACGACUGUACCAGGAUCAUUAAUCUUGAAUAUUAAACAACAACAACAACAUAGACAACAGAAUACUUCUAGUGAUGUUGUAUGCGAUUCAACAACAACAAUAACAACAACAGAUGAACUACAAUCACAACAACAGAACUCGUUAUCUGAGCCUAAAAGUGCUCCAGUCAGUAUUAGCCCUAAUCAUUCAAACAAAUUAAAUAUAUGCAAUCAAUUUAAAGCGUCCAGUUUUGAAAGAUCAGGAUUGAAAUCUGUAUCUGAUUUGAAUAUUAAGUCAUCCAAAACAAAAUCCAAUAAUCAUCAUCAUCAGCAGCAGCAGCAGCAGCAACAACAACAGCAUCAUAACAACUAUCAUCAAAAACAAAGAAAUUCUCCAUCACCAAAAAAAUCAAUAAUCAAUAAACUAUCACCAAGUGAAAUCGAUAGAAAUAAAUUACAAAAUUCUCAUUAUAUAACUAAUUUAUCACCAAAAUUAUCUUUGGAACAAAAAUUAAUCAAGACAACAGAGAUUAUCCCUUGUACAAUAGAGAAUAUAUUACCAUUAUCAACAACAACAACUUCAUCUGGUAUACCAAUGCCACGUCAAUUAAAUUUAUAUCAACAAUCGAAUAUGAAUUCAUAUCAUAUGUCAUCAUCAUCAUCAUCAUCGUCUUCAAAGAUUAAAGAAUCCCCAACAAAAAUCGAUCGUAUUCCAUAUAUGAAUUAUCCAAUUCAAAAUCAAUCAACUUUAGAUAAUCAUUCAAUUAAUAAUACAACUUGUCAUAUGAAUAUGAAUAGUAUAGAUAAUACAUAUCAAACAACUAAUAUUCAACCACGUAUAACAUUAAGUCAAUAUUAUCAUAAUACUACACAGAAACAAUAUCCAUAUUCAAUAAACUAUAAUCAAUCAAUAACAUGUAUGAAUAAAUUAUCUGGAAAUAUUAUACAUACUACUACUAAUACUACUACUCCUACUCAUCCUCCUCCUGCUCCUCAUACUACUACUACGACGACGACUACUACUACUACACCAAUGAAUAUUCAUCAACAAAAUACAAACCAAACUUUAAAACAAAUAACUACAUCUCAAGAAAUAUCAUCAUCAAUGAAUUAUUCACCUUCUCUACCACCGCCGCUUCCUCAUCAUCAUCAUCAUCCUUCAUAUUAUCAUCAACAUCAACAUCAACAUCAUUCUAUCCAAUAUCCAAAUACAUUUAUCUCGGGAACAAAUGAAUUUCACCAUCCAAUUACACCAGAGCGAUCUUAUUCAAUCAAUUCAAUAUCAACAAGCACAAUACAACCAUUAAUGUCUAAUUAUCUUCAUGAUACACGACGUUAUAUGACAGGAAACAGUAUAUUUGAACAAAGGACUAAUCAACAACAACAACAACAACACUUUCAACCUACCCAACAAACUCAUCAAUCUCAUCAUCAAACAAUACCGCUUCAAUCAAGUUCACACAUUAGCAAAACUGGUAUUCCUUAUUCAAAUGAUACUAAUAUUAUUUGUUCUACAGUUAACCAAUCAAUACCCAUAGGUCUACCACCACCACCACCACUACCGCUCACACAAUGUACACAAAUACACAAUCAUCCAUCCACUGUAAACAUACAACAAUACUCACCAAUAAUACAACCAUUUGUUCCACCGAUUUCAUAUCGUCCAGCUACUCAAGCGCCAAAUUCCAAUUUUAUGCCAGUUACACACUGUAAUUAUUCAAGUGUAACAAAUGCUGCUACUACUGUUGCCAUAACGACGACCACCACCACCACUACUACUACUACUAUUUCUACUAUCAAUGGUAUUACUACAACUACGAUUAUAAACAAGAAUAAUGCAGUUAUAAGUCGUCGUGUUAGAAUUCAAGAAACAAAUCAAGCUCAAAAUGUAUCUAAUCAUCAAUCCAUGCAUUCAGUACAACAAGUUAAUAAAACAUCAUUGAUAACAAAAACUAGACAAGAAAUGAAUGCAGCUACUACUACUACUAGCAGUAGUAGUAGUAGUACAUCAACCAAUCUGACAUACAAAUAUUUGCCUAAUAUAUCGUCGCAAACACAAAAUGUGAAAGAAGCUAUCCAACCUUCAUCAGAAACAACUCAUUCAGAUUAUUGUCAUUCUCAAUCUAGUACACUUAAUCCUAUCCAAUCUACUGAAAUAAUUACAACAGAGACCACAUCAUCAGGAUUAACAUCACCAACUCUAUCAGUAAUCAAUAUAGAACAACAAUCAUCAUCAUCAUAUCAUAGAAGUUUAAGUAAAAAAUCAAUAGACAAUACAGAACAACGUCGUAAAGCUCGUGAAUUAUAUGUUGCUUUAAAACAACGUUAUCCAUCAACUAGUCAUAAUAACACUAUAAAUAAUGAUUCUGUAAAUCCACAUCGCCGUCAUCAUCAUCAUCGUCAACAACACCAUCUUAAUAAUGAUGAUGAUAAUGAUAAUGAUAAAAUACAAACAUCUGAUAUGAAAACUAUUCUAAAACCAAAUCAGAAUAAUGAAACGAACCAACAUAGAAAUAACACAUUGAUUACUCAAUCCAUUGAACAAACUAAUACAAAUCCAAUAACUAUACAAACAUUACAACAAUCGAAUACUUUAACUGAUGAUAAUCUAUCAACAAAUAAUCAAUUAAUAAAUCAAUAUUAUUCAGAAAGUAAUUUACAAUUAAUCCCAUCAAAAUUCAAUGAGAUUCAUCGAAAUAAUCUUGAUCCACAACAACACUACCACCACCACCACCACCAACAGCAACAACAACAACAACAACAACUUCCACCACCACCACAACAACAACAUGAACAGCAACAUCACCAACAACAACGGCAACAGCCUCAACAACAGCAGCAACCUCAACAACAACAGCAAUUACAACCCAAUCCAUGUGUAUCAGAGAAAGUUGAUCUAUAUAAAAGUAAUUCAUUACAAUCUAAUUUCAUGAAAGAACAUUUAAUGAUGAAUAAGAAAUGUAAUUCAUCCGAUAAUAAUAAUAAUCAUCAAUCAUCAAAUGAAUCGAAUCUAUUGUGGUUAUCAAUCAGAUAG